UUUGCAUUUCGCUGGCCUUCACUGAGCAGAGCUCGGGCAGUGGGGACAGAUUACACCGAGUGAAAAAGCCUCCAAAGCUUCUGGGGGACCAGCAGCACCCCGAGCCCCCAGCCCUGCGCCCUCGCUGCACGAACGGGAAGGAUUUUGUACUUUCCAGCUUCGCGAAGACAAGCAGCUCCCUGCGGAGCUGUGCCCAGUAUGUCCCAAUGGAGUCAGGUUCAACAACUGGAAAUAAAGUUUUUGGAGCAGGUGGACCAGUUCUAUGAUGAUAACUUCCCCAUGGAAAUCAGGCACCUACUAGCACAAUGGAUAGAAAGCCAGGACUGGGAGGCUGCAGCCAACAAUGAAGCAAUGGCAAUGAUCCUUUUACAGAAUUUGAUAAUACAAGUGGAUGAGCAGCUGGACCGAGUUUCGCAGGAGAAGAAUCUGCUCUUGAUACACAACCUGAAAAGAGUCAGGAAGCUGCUGCAGGGCAAAUAUCAUGGUAAUCCCAUGCAUAUAGCAGUGAUCAUCUCAAACUGCUUAAGAGAAGAAAGAAGAAUAUUGGCUGCAGCCAGCAUGCCUGUACAGGGGCCACUGGAAAAGUCUCUACAGAACUCAGUGGUUUCAGAACGCCAGAGAAAUGUAGAACACAAAGUAUCAGCCAUCAAGAACAGUGCUCAGAUGACUGACCAAGAUGUGAAAUACUUGGAAGACCUGCAAGAGGAAUUUGACUUCAGGUAUAAAACAAUACAGAGCUUAGAGCAGAAUGACAAAAACAGUGGCCUCAUUAAACAGGAAAUGUUGGCGUUGCAGGCAAUGCUCAAUACUUUAGACUACAAGAGAAAGGAAGUGCUCAGUAAAAUAGGGUGUGUGAUCCAUGAGAUGGAUGUGCUGAUGAGCAACAUGCUGACUGAGGAGCUGCUGGACUGGAAGCGGCGGCAGCAGAUCGCCUGCAUCGGGGGGCCCCUGCACGGGGGGCUCGACCAGCUCCAGAACUGCUUUACGCUGUUGGCAGAGAGUCUCUUUCAAGUCAGAAGGCAACUAGAAAAGCUGGAUGAACUCUUGACCAGGCUGACUUAUGAUGGGGACCCCAUUCCUGUGCAAAGACCUCAGCUGCUGGAAAAAGUCAACUUUCUGCUCUACAACCUCUUCCGGAACUCCUUCGUGGUUGAAAGGCAGCCCUGCAUGCCGACACAUCCCCAGAGGCCAAUGGUUCUCAAAACUUUAAUACAGUUCACUGUUAAAUUAAGGUUGCUAAUUAAAUUGCCAGAGCUGAACUACCAGAUCAGAGUGAAAGCAACUAUUGACAAGAAUGUUUCAACUGUAAGUAACCGUAGAUUUGUUCUGUGUGGAACACAUGUGAAAGCCAUGAACAUGGAUGAGUCUGCAAAUGGAAGCUUGUCAGUGGAAUUUCGGCAUUUGCAACCCAAAGAAAUGAAAACAAGCGCUGGAAGCAAAGGAAAUGAGGGUCCUCACAUGGUGACUGAGGAACUGCACUCCAUCAGCUUUGAAACACAGGUCUGCCUGUAUGGAUUGACCAUAAAUUUGGAAACCAGCUCCUUGCCUGUGGUGAUGAUUUCCAAUGUCAGCCAGCUGCCCAACGCAUGGGCCUCUAUUAUUUGGUACAAUCUCUCAACCAACGACCCUCAGAAUUUGUCUUUCUUCAACAACCCCCCUACUGCCUCUUUAAGCCAGCUCUUAGAAGUACUGAGCUGGCAAUUUUCAUCAUAUGUUGGUCGUGGACUCAAUUCUGAACAGCUCAACAUGCUGGCAGAGAAACUUACAGGACAGCAAGUCAGUUACAAUGAUUAUCAACUAUCCUGGGCAAAGUUCUGCAAGGAACAUUUGCCUGGGAAGUCUUUUACCUUUUGGGUCUGGCUGGAAGCAAUCCUGGACUUGAUUAAAAAACACAUUCUCCCUCUUUGGAUUGAUGGGUACAUAAUGGGAUUUGUAAGCAAAGAAAAGGAACGAAUUCUGCUGAAAGACAAGACACCAGGAACAUUUUUAUUAAGGUUCAGUGAGAGCAAUCUGGGUGGAAUUACCUUUACUUGGGUGGAUCAGCGAGAAAAUGGAGAUGUAACAUUUCACUCGGUGGAACCCUACAACAAAGGUCGCUUGUCUGCCCUGCCUUUUGCCGACAUCCUGCGCGACUACAAAGUCAUCAUGGCAGACAACGUUCCCGAAAACCCCCUGAAGUACCUGUAUCCGGAUAUCCCCAAAGAUAAGGCCUUUGGCAAACACUACAGCUGCCAGCCAAACGAAGUCUCAAAGCCCUCGGAUGGAGGAGGGAAAGGUUAUGUUCCUUCUGUAUUUAUCCCAGUCUCCAAAAUCCUCAGUGACUCUGCAGAACCACAUUCUCCAUCAGAUCUUCUUCCAAUGUCUCCAAGCGUUUAUGCUGUGCUGAGAGAACACCUGAGUCCCACAGCCAUUGAAACUGCUCUGAGCUCUCCUUACUCAACUGACUGAAGUGCACUUACUGGAAAAAUCUUGUGAACAUUGGAUGGGUUAAAGAAGUCAUAUUUUUUUCCUGUCAUCUCUGAAAGUCAGCUUUUCCUGGAAACCAUUAUGUUAUUCUUAGGCCUCUCUCUGUUAUCAGUAACAUAUAAACAAAGAAUUUUCUCCCUAGGGAUUCAAACAGCCUUUUGCAAGUCAGAUUUGCUGUUGUCAUAUUGUGAAAUAAUAAUGUUGUGCCGUGUCAUGUUGUGAAAUAAGACCAAAUCCUUUCUGGCUUGGGAGUCAUUUGACUUCAGUGGGGUCCCAGCAGAGAUAAAUUUUACUUGCUAAUUUUACUAAUUUCCAUAGAAUUGCUGUAAAUAUGAGAGCAUAAGAACAAAAUGUUUUGCUUCUGAAGACAGCAUAUAAAGAUAACUAAAAACAUUAAUGUGUCUGGAGAAAUUAGGAUUUAAUAUGUCAAAUACUUUCUGCUUAAUCAUAAUCUUGUACACCACUGAUUUAGAUAGUAUUUCAAAGCAAAGAUAUUUGUUCCCCUAAUUUGGAAGUUGCAGAACAGUCUGGGGUUUACUUUUUUCUAAAGAUGAAUUGCCUUCAGCAUGGAUUUUUAUCUGACACCACAGCAGAAGUUGUGGAAGGCAGGUAGGCACGGCUGGGGAGAGAAGGGAGCUCCAGAAAGGAAGCAGGUGUAAAACUUGUGGGGUUAGAAAGGCUGUCUCCAUUUCACACUGGAAGAGAGAGUUAUAAAACUUCCCUCUCUCACAAAAUAGUUGCAGAAGUAAAUCAGUCUGGGAGGAAGCACUCAGGUACUCCAGCAAGUAGUGCCAGGAAGUCCACAAAUACAAAAUUCCCCUCUGACACAGUUUGGAUGCUAAUUGGUCAAUGCCAACAGGGAAGCAGUUUUAAAAAACUGAAGUUACUGAAUAGCUGCAGCAUUUGCUGGCUGCCUGUAAACUUGUGCUGCAUGACAGGAUAUUACAUGCUCAUUUAAUAGACAGGACAACUAGUUUUUGUGAAAAUGGUAAAUUGCCCUCUUUACAUCCUUUAUUUUUUUUUUUUUUCUUUCAGGCAUGUUUACUGCUGAGUUUGGAUUGUUUGGGUUUUUUUUGUUUUGGUUUUAUUUCCCCCAGUGUUAUCCCUAAAAUCUCUUUUAAUAGCAUAGUAAAUAGGCAGUUUCAAGGCCACUGUAUUUCACAAAUGUAGGGCCAAUUGAACAUUUGCACCUUAAUGCUUUCUCAAGCAGGUACAAAUGAAACUUCUGCUAUGAAAACUAAACCUUCUUGAAUCAGUAAGACAUGGACUUUACUUUCAUUUCUCCUUUCACCCACGCUAUUUAUGUUAGUUGAAAGCUAGUGGAAACAAAGUAAUGAGAUAUUUUUGUGAUACACGGAAAUAGAUUUCAAAGAAAAAAACACAUCUCUGUUCAUUACAGUGGGUGAUUCAAAGCAAGCUGCACAUAAGCUCAGCAAGCAUCACGUAUAAAACAGAAAACAACAAGAGCAAUUCUGUAUAUAGCUUGGUAAUAUCUGUAAUUUAUAUAACCAGCAUGAAUAAAAUCAGAUUUUGGCUUCAAGUUGCAUACCCAGAUCUCUGAGGAUUUUUUUCAAGGCAUAACAAAAACAGUCUUCUGCCUUCUGGUUGACCUUAAACUGAGAUACAAACAGUGGCACAGAGGAGUCGCUGAGUUUCUAAAGCAGGAAGCAUGACCUCCCCUGAUAUCAGCUAUGUCUUUUCAUUCUAACCUCUUCUCACAAUCUCAAUACAAACAAAACGGGGGAUAUCUUUAAUUUUUGACCAGCUGAAGUUCAUGAGAAGUACUGUAAGAAAAGAUCAGACAUGGCAUGAGAAACACUCUCCUUUUUCCUUCAUCCCUGCUCUCCGUGCAAGGCAACCCUUCAAGGCUCUCAAGAAUUAACCUCAGCCCAAUGUAACUGGAGUUCCUGGACAGCAUCAUGGGUCGGGUUUUGGCACGACAGCUCCUGCUAUCGCUUCAGAACAGAUUUUUGCAGAGGGUAGCCUUCACAUUUUGUUGAAAAGAUGUGCCUUGAGAGCAUUUCACUGCUUUAAAGGAACCCUGGAAUGAUUAUCUGUAGGAUGAAUAUAUACAGCCCAAUAUAUAGAGCUCUUACCAUUAAUAAAGUGAGAAUUUUGUCCUUAUGCCACCAUGAGAAAGAACACAGCUCUCCAGUGAAACAAUGGCGUGGAGGAAAAACACAAGAAAAAAGGGUGCCCAGAUACUGCCAGAAAAUCAUCUAUUUUAAAUACUUCUACCAACCGUGCUGGUUCUUUCCCUGCGUUUUGCAAUAGCGAAAUAAAACAAUGUCUUUGUUUUGUGCUUUGA